AUUCCAUUGUCGCAGUGUGACGACGCAAUCGUGAAAGUGAUUUUCUUAUCUUCUGCAGAAAAUUUAAAUACUAAAUAUGUGAGCUAAUGUUUACUUACUUGCGUAAAAAUUUUUAAAUCGAAGUAAAUUAAAACAAUCACACGCCAAAAAAUGAGUCCUACCUCAACUCUGCAACCACCUAAAACGCAGAAUGGGCUCUUCUCACGCACAGAGGUCGAAGAAAUUCUCAGCAAUAUGUUGGGUUCGAAUGCGGCCGGUCGACUGCUGACCUACGAAGUGGUGCCUGAGUGCGGCCCAACCGGUUACUUGGGUGAAUAUUUUCACUUGCAACUGCAAUAUCGCAUCGAUGAGUGCACUGAUGUUCAAACAAAACGUGUGUUUGUCAAAUCGUUGCCUUAUCAUAAUCCAAAGAUGACAGCGUUUAUUGAAGAAUGCGGCAUGCUCACCAAAGAGGCAGCGAUCUAUGAGCGCCUUUUGAACGAGUUGAGAAAAAUGACCACUAACAUCUGGUGUGCUCAAUGCUACUUUACCCGUCGCGAUUUGUUUGUUAUGCAAAAUAUUGUAGAUUUGGGUUAUGAGCCUGUGGAGAAUCCAGCAGAAUUUCUGACGCAAUCACAAAUGGAUGUACUCCUGAAGAGCUUAGCCACCAUGCAUGCCAGCAGUAUUACCUACGAAGAGAGGAAGCAAGUGGAUAUUGGCGAGCAGCUGAAAAACGUUUUAAGGGAGAUGACAGUGUCGCCAAAGGUGGUUUUCUAUACAGCUGGAGUGAGAGCUGUCCUAGCUGUGGCGCGUGUUCACCCCGCCUUCCAAAGCGAGGCCCUACAAAAGUUCAUCGCCGACGAGCUGCCGCGCCAUCUAGACAGCGUCUACGAAAUGGUUAAUCCAUCCAGCAAAUAUCGGAACGUCUUUUGCCACCGCGACCUCUGGGGCGGCAACUUGUUCUUCAGCAAAUCUCAACCUGACGCCGAGCCGGUAGUUCUAGUCGACUACCAACUGGCGCGCUAUAGUCCGCCCGCCAUUGAUGUUCUCAUGGUAGUCUACCUGAACAUCACACCACAGCAACGGAAAACGCUGAAAUAUUGGUACUACGACAGGUACUACAACUACUUCGCCGACGAACUGAAGCGACAAGGUGUGGACGCCGAGCAACAACUCAGUCGAAACGAAUUCGAACAGUCGCUAAAGUCGCUGGAGCUCUUCGGUGCACUCUACAACUGCAUCUCAGCGACAAUACUGCGUGUGCCGGGCGAUUAUUUGAAGAACUUAAAGCUGAAUCACCCAGAUGCCUUUCAUCGCUACACAAAUGUUGACCGCGUUAAUGAGGUGCUCGAGCUGCUGAAAUUGGAUGUGAAAUUUAAGGAGUAUAUCUUUGAUUGUAUUGAAGAAAUGAUGCAUUUGUUGUUGUAAUAAAACAUAUAUUCAACUUUG